UGAAAACUAAUUUGUGGCCAAUUCCAUCACAACUAAAUGACUCGAAUUAACUUAUUAAAUGCCCAAUAAAACAGGAUAAGGUGAGCCUUGAAUGCUAAAUUAGUUGAUAUUAUUUGACAACUCGACAAACUCUAAUCGAAAAACCGGAUCUGAAGAUUUUCACUGAAACUUUGUUUGAAGUUACACAGGAAGUUGAGUUGACAUGGUUGGCCAACAUUGCGAUGAUACAAUAGAAUAACCAAGUAAAACCAUCUAAAGUUAAUUACUCGAAUCUGACUCACAAAGGCUGAUUGAAUACAAUUGAAAUCAGGAUUGCUGUUGGUAGGCAGGUGAUACRRAUUCAAGGGGUAUUUAAAAAGAACAUCAAUCSAACARCAUACUUCUAUCCAGACAAGUUUUCAAAAUAUAUUUCCUUGUAAGGCGCCGAGUUUUCUCCUGCCCACCUUGGACGUAAUUUCCCUAUUAGGAUCUUUUUCCGUAAUUUGGCAACAAGACCUACACGUGGGGCUAGUAUUUAGCGCCGCAUAUAUAGCAGCGUCACUGGCCCAGUCAAACAUCACUUGUCACCGACCGGCAUUGAGAUCACUUCUCGAACAGAAUGUCUUCCUCGUCCUUCUACAUCGAUUCACUGAUUCAAGUCUCGAAGGCCAAGUCUGCAACAACAACAACAUCAGACUCUCGACAUCAUCAUGGUUAUGAAUCUCCCGUGCCUUGUUCUUGCUGCUGGAGUCCCACACAACCUGAACCUAAUAGUUUAUGUCAGCUCUGCAUCCCGUCCAGUCCGGCCAUGCAUCCAUUCAUGCAUGUAAGAGGAGCGUCUAUUCCUGGAGGDGCUUUGUAUUCCCGUGAACUCACAACUAAAGAUCAUCUUCUUCUGCAAAGAUACCCAAGCAGYGAAGACGARCGAGUUCAUUUAGCGAGUUACGUAUCAUCUCGUGAAACGAGCCCUCUAAGUCGUGGGAAUUCAAGAUCCAAACGAAUCCGCACCGCGUACACAAGCAUGCAGCUUUUGGAACUGGAAAAAGAAUUUAGCCAAAAUAGAUAUCUUUCUCGUCUAAGAAGAAUCCAAAUCGCUGCCUUGUUAGACUUGUCAGAAAAACAAGUUAAAAUCUGGUUCCAAAACCGUCGUGUAAAAUGGAAGAAAGACAAGAAAGCCGCUCAACACGGACAAACUACAGAAAAUAUGCCUGAUUCUCCUUCAAGUUAAGUUAAGAACUUCAGAAYACUCUGAUUACGAACCCUUAAACUACAAGAAUUUGUACAUAUUGUAAAAUUUGUAUUAUAUGAAUUGAUUAUUUGCUAUAGAUGYACAUUAUCGGUGACCAAAUUUCACGAUUCUUGUUUGAUUAGCCCCGCCAUGCACAUUAUAGAUAACGGGCCGUGGUAUGAUUUUAUCCAAAGUAGAUCUGUAACAAAGCUUAUGUUUGACGUCAAGAUGAAUUCUUUAUCUUAAAAUCAUCAAGUUAACAUUACUAUUUGUAAAAAAAUACAUUUGAAAGUAAUAAAAUAAUUGAGGAUUAAAAUGACUUGUUAAAUGACUGG